AUGUCAUUAAUUGACCAAAUUCAUCAAGCAUGUCAACUCUCAUUAUCAGGUAAUAACAAUAAUUUAACACAAGCAAAUGAAAUGUUUAAUGUGAUGUUUAAUAACCCAGAAUUUGGUACAGCAGCUAUUAACAUUCUUUCUAGUACUCAAGAGCCAUUAGUUGUUCAACAAAUUGUUUCAAUUAAUUUUAAACAUUACAUCAAAUUAAUUUGGGAAAAUUUAAAUGAACAAGCAAAAGAAAAAUUAUGUGAAUUAUUAAUGCAGUUAAUCAUUAGAGCUCCAGGAGUAGUACAAAUCCAAUUAAUAGAAACACUAAGAUAUAUUUUAACAAUGGACUUUCCAGGUAAGUGUGGAGGGUUAUUACAAAUUAUUCAAUCACUAAUUCAAAAUCCAGAAAUUCUUUCAAAUGAAAUAUCAUUUAAGGGAGUUAUGUUAAGUAUUAAUACAGUUGCUAAAUUGUUUAGAUUUCAAACAGAAAAUUAUGCACCAAUGAUGCAAUUUAUAGAAGUAAUAUUUCCUACAUGCUUGAGAAUAUUAAUUACUGCAAUUCAAAAUAGAAUGUAUGUUCACACUAGACUAUGUUUUAAAUUAUUUAAAUAUAUUAUUUACACUAAAGUUCCUUCAUUCUUUAACAAAGAAACUAUUGAUUUAUUUUAUACUAAUGCUAUUGCAUUUUUACAACAACCUUUUACUUUUAAUAAUAAUGAUGAAAAAAAUGUUCAAUGUUCUUCUUUAAUUGGACUUAUUCGUGGUACUUCUUCGUUCAUUAGUCAUAACACUAAUAAAACAUCUAGAGCUACUCAAACAGUAACAUAUUUUAUUGAUAAUAUUGCAACACAAUUUAUUAAUACAAUGCUUCCUCAUUUAAAUUUAUCAAUACCAAGUAAAUUAAUGUUUUAUGAAAUUACAUUAUUAUCACAUUGUUUAAAAACAAGUAAAUUGUCUAAAGUUAUUCUUCAAUUCUUCCCAGUUUUAUUUGAAAAAAUUAUAUUUAGACAAAUUAUGGUUACUCAUAAUGAAUUAGAAGAAAUGAAAGUAGCACCUGUUGAUUAUCUUAGAAAUAGAGAUGAAGAUGAUGACUUUGGUUCUGUUGAUGGAAGAACUGCAUCAAUUAAUUUUAUAAGAGCAACUUUACAAUAUAGAGCAAAAACAUUCCUUCCAUAUUACAUUCAACCAUUAUUAAAUCUUAUUCCUGUUGAUUCAACUGGUCUUGAAAAAGAUCCAAUAAUUAUUGAUUGUGCAUGUUUUAUUAUGGGAAAAAUUUGUGGUCAAUUUGUUAUUUCAAAAGAUUAUGCUAAGUAUGUGCCAAGUAUUUUAAGUGUCACAGUUCCAUUAUUAUUAUCUAGCGGAAAUACAUUAUUAAUUAGAAGAGGAUGUGAUUUAGCUGGUAUUGUAUUUAGAAUACUUAAUUUCCAAAAAACAAGUAUAUUACCAGAUUAUGUUAUUAAAGUAGUUCAAAUGAUGUUCCAACUUUUAAGUAGUAAUGAUGUUAUUGCAAGAGUAUCAGCUGGAUCAGUAAUAGGAAUAUUUGUAGAUUAUAAUUGUUUGAGUGAUUCAUUUAAAUCAGUAUUAGUUCAAUUAUUUGAAGUAUUGUUACAAACUAUUAAAGUUUUUGAAAGUGAAAAUGUAGUUGAAACAUUAUCUGAAUUAAUUAAAAGAUUCCCAAAUGAAACAAGACCACAUUCAAUUGACAUUGUUAAAGCAUUAUUAGACGUAUUAAAUUCUAUUGAAAAUAAUUAUGGAGAACUUGAUGAAAAUGCACAAAUGAAUGCUACAUUUUCUGCUUCAUCUGCAGUUACUUCAAUAACUGAUAUUAUGAGAAUGAACGCAACAAGUAAUGAAUCAAUGAAUAUUUUUAUUGAAUUAUUCCUUCCAUAUAUUAAUAGAUUAUUAACAAGUGAUAGUUUAUUUGCUAAAGACAGUCUUGAAAAUACCUUUUCUUUAGCAUGUGAACUUGUUAGAUUAGCACCAACACCUUUACAUCCAAGAAUUCAAGACUUAUUUACUAUUAUAUUAAAUGUUAGUUUAAAUAUGAGUUAUGAUGGAUUAACAAGUGCAGAACCACUUAUUACAGUAUUUAUUGCUAAACAACCAGAACUAUUAAAUAUUCCAACUAACAUGCAAUUGGUUAUGAAAUUAAUUAGUUCUGUUCUUUCUUCUAAUGACAUUGAUAUUGAGGCAUUAUGUGUAUUUAGAAUUGCUCAAGCAGUAUUACUUUGUUGUGAUGGACAAGUUGAUACAUUUGUUGAAUUCCUUAUUAAAACUACAUUACCUUUAUUAAGAGAUCCAGAAUCAAUGUUAGCUUUACAAGGAACAGAAGCUAUUUUAUAUUGUAUUUUCUAUAACACUAGAUUAGCUAUCACAAUCUUAAAUUCAUUAGGAGUUCUUAGUCAAUUCUUUUCUUUAUGGAACAGUUUUAUUCCAAAGAAACUUCCUUCUCUUUCUGAUAAAAAGAUUACGAUUAUUGCAUUAAUGUCAUUAAUGACACUUCCUGUUGACCAGUUACCAGACUUUAUUAAAAAUAAUUUAACUGGAUUCUAUAAUACUGUUAUUACAUUACUUGUUGAAACAGAUAAUCAAAGAAAGAGAUGCGAAGAAUAUAAAAUUAAAACUGCUCAUAAUUUAUCUGGGGCUAUUAGAGAUUCUACUAUUCAAAAUUUAAAUGAUGAUGAAGAUGUAGUUUAUGAAGACACAGACACUUUAGAGAAUUAUGAUUUUGAUGAUUAUGAUGACUUUGGUGAUGACAUUAUAGAUGAUGAUGAAGAUGAGCUUGUUAGUUUAGAUGAAAGAGAAAUAUUCUUUGAAAUAUUAAAGAGAGUAAUGGAAGGUGAUUUAAAGGAUGAACGACAUGCAGCUGCAAUUAGAAAUUUACCAGAAGGAUUGAGAAGUGUUGUUCAAACAAUUAUUAUUGAACAAACAGCAAAACAACAACAAAAUUAA